CUCGGAUACCUACGUACGUGUGGACUUUUCAAAUAUCGUACUCAUUAUGACUGAAGUUGCAAGUCGCACAUGUUCACUUUCCUCAAUCGAUGAAUCUUUAGCUAGGCAAUUGGCCAAGGUUCACUCUGAGCAAGUAAAAAAACAAAAGUUGCGUCAGAAAAUUAAAAAUGAAAGCAUUGAAAUUCGUGAACUUGAAAGCAAACUACGAAGUGCUUAUGUAGCUAAAGAACAACUUGCACAAAUGGCCGAAAAACGUGCUCUUGCUUAUGACUUGAUGACUGAAGAAGCUUUACAAGCUCAUCGUUUAAAUUCACAACUUGGUGAUGAAUUAAUUAGAGCUGAAGAAGAAGAAGCUCGUAGAAAACAAUCACAAAUUCAACUUCGAAAUGAAUUAGACACACAAAUAAUGGAACAAGUAGAAUUACGAAAAAAGGUUUAUCAAGAAUUUUUACAUGAUAAACAAAUGGUUGAUGAAGUUGUCAAGCGAAUAAAAGAAGAAGAUGAAUAUGAACAGCAAAAACGCCAAAAAAGAAAAGAAUCAAUUCGUCAAGAAAUUGAUCAAUAUCAAAAGGAACGUGAAGAACAUAUAAAAGCUGAAAAAGAAAGUCUUCAAAAAGAAUUGGAAGCAGUUAAUGCAUAUACUGCUAAGAAAGAUAAUGAAGAACAGUUAAUUAAAGCAGCACUUAAAUCAAGACAAGAACAUAUUGAAAAGUUACAAGAUGAACUAGGCAAAAGUCUGUUAGAAAAAGAAAAAGAACGCAGAGAACUAGAAGAAAUACGUCAAACAUUAAUUUUGGAAGAAAAUGACAAAAAGAUUAGAGAAGAACGAGAAAAUCAAUGGAUAACAAAGUUGACUAAUCAACGGAAACUCUAUGAAGAUUAUAAAGAACAACUUUUAUUGAAAGAAAAACAAAAACAGAUUGAAAAACAAGAAGCUUUACAGAUUCGAAAUUAUAUGUUAGCUAAAUUUGAAGAAGACGAACGUUUAGAGCAAGCAGAAUUAGAAAAACGUCAUCUUAAACGAAUGGAAUACGCUAAUGAAGCACAUAAAUUGUUAAUUGAAAAACGUCAACGUAUAAUGCAAGAGUAUGAACAGGCGAAAAAAGAGCUAAAUGCAGAAAAACAACGCAUUUUAGAAGAAAAACGAAUUGUGGAAGAGGAAAGACAACAUUUACUAAGACAACAUGCCAAUAAUUUAUGGAAUCAUUUGCCCAAAGGUAUUUUCCGAUCAAAGGAAGAAUAUGAAUCCCUUAAACAUCUAAAUUGUGAAAAAUAAGUGUAUUUACUUUCUUCAAACUAAGAAAUCUUAUCCCACAUUUAUCAUAAAAUACUCGUGAUCUAUUAUUAGGGUUAUAUUUUAAUUAUGAUGCAUAAAUUUCGAUAUUCAAUAAUAAAUUAUUUAUACACACAAUUUUUCAUGAUAUUAUGUUUCAUCCUAGC